CCCGGAGUAAGGGUGGCGCCAUGGGUUACUACGAGACGCUCGGCGUCUCGAAGAGCGCGACGCCGGAGGAGAUCAAGAAGGGAUAUCGCAAGAUGGCCAUGAAGUGGCACCCAGACAAGAACCCCGGGGACCAGGAGGCGGAGCGGCGGUUCAAGGAGGUGGCUGAGGCGUACGAGGCGCUCUCCGACUCAAACAAGAAGGAGAUCUACGACCGGUACGGCGAGGCUGGACUAAAGCGCGGCGGCGGCGGCGGCGGGCCGUCGGCGGGCUUUGGCGGCGCGGGAAUGCACGGCAUCGACCCGAACGAGCUGUUUGCGCAGAUGUUUGGCCAGAUGGCGGGCGGCGGCAUGGGCGGCCCCGGCGUGCGCUUCGGGUUUGGGCCGGGCAUGGGAGGAGGCGGCAUGGCCGGCGGAGACCUCAACGAGAUGCUGCAGGGCCUGUUUGGCGGACAGAUGGGUGGCCGGGGCCGCGGAGGGAGGGGAGGGCGGGGAGGGCGCGGCGGGCGCGGCGGGCGCGGCGGGGGCGCCCGGCGCGCGCCCGUCGCCGUCGUGCGUCCGAUCCGCUGCUCGCUCGAGGAGCUGUACAGCGGCGCGCGAAAGUCUGCGAGCCACGAGGGGCGCUCGUUUGUGGUUGACGUCAAGCCGGGCUGGAAGGAAGGCACUCGCAUCACCUUCGAGGAGGCGGGCGUCUGCUUCCAGCUGGCGCAGGAGGAGCACCCGCGCUUCUCGCGGCGCGGGCACGACCUCGCCGCCGUCGCGUUCUGCGGCCUGCUGGACCUCUUGGUGCGGGGCUCGUCGCAUGAGGUGCGCACGCUCGACUCGCGCACGCUGAGGGUGCGGCUGCCUCCGCGCCGGCUGUCCGUCAAGGUGUCUGGCGAGGGGAUGCCUCUCUCCCGCCCCGAGGCGGGCAGGCAGCGCGGCGACCUCGUGCUGAACCUCUUUGCCGACUGGGCGGUCGCCGCCGACCAGGCCCGCCAGUGGGGCCGCACCGCGCUGUGGGUGGGCGGCGCGCUCCUCUUCUUCACAAACACCUCCCUCUUCUUCGGCCUCGUCUUCGCGUACUCCUUCUUCGCGAACGCGAACGGCGGCCGCGCAAACUAGCGCCGACGCGCCGCAAAGCCGCGCCGGCGGGGCGUCCGCACUUCGUGUGUCGUCACGCACUUGGCGUCCACCCCCUCGCUGUGGCCGUGGCCGCCUGGCCGGGCAAAGGGCUGGGUGUGGGUAUUGCGGCGUCCGUGUUGUCUCGCACAGCUCUGCCCUGUUUUGUGUCUCCACGCGUCGCUGUUCCUCUGUUGUUUUUAUUUUACGGUGUGUGCGAUG